AUGGCGGCCGCUGCAGCGUCUAGUUCGCCCGGCGCUAUCGCUUCUGGUCUCCUGUGGAGCAAAACUUUGACAACAAUUCCGGAUAACUUCGCUGUCGACCAGGUGAAUAAGUAUUACGCCGCCCGGAAGACGACCGAGCGUAACCGGCGACGUAGUUACAAAAUUAUCACGGAAAGCUUCGUUGAGCCGUCGUCGCUUGAAACUGCGAUAGUUAACAACGGGAAUGUGAGCUCCGUCGUGGCGCGCGGGCAGUGCUACGCGAGCCAAAGGAAGUCAUCGAAGCCCUACCGCGCAUCUACAACGAUCGCAGCAGACGGCUGGGUCUCUACCAGCUCCUGCCAUUGUGCUGCCAAAGAAGGACUGUGCAAUCAUUCUUUAGCACUGCUCCAAAUGAUUGCCCUUCUCAAAAAAGAAGGUUACAGGGAAGCACCCCAGGAGGUGACGUGCACCGAGCUUCCGCAGCAAUGGCGUCGUCCUCGGGGAUCGCAAAUCAAUCCUGGGAGCGUCGGCGACCUGGAUUGGAGGAGCGUGCGGGAAGGAGGGCCUUCCGAAGCACUCUCUUCGAAGCUCUACGACGCGAGAAAAAGCAAGAAGAGCAUAACAGACAUGCAGCAGGACCUCCACACUUUGGGCGUCGACCUCGGCCACAUCGAGGAUUCGCCUUUUGCGAAGCACCUGCGUUCUCUGGAAGUGCUGGGCACUGAUUCCAUGUUUGGCGUAGUCCCCGAGGGCUCUGGAAUAUCUUACCAGCACCCGGUGUCUCAACAUGAAUUUACGACAUACGUCAACCCGAACAUUGUGCAGUGUGGCACAGAUGCCUCUAAAACUGUGCUCCCUACCUGGCCGGUGCUUUUCACCUCGGCAAAUACCUACCAGCUGGAAACAGAGAUCCUGGGUGCUACAAAAACAUUGCUUCUUCAGGACUUGGUUUUAACCCCGGAACAAGCACGCCAACUUGAAAUGGACAGCCGCCAGCAAGCGAAAAGCACAGCACGGAAGGCUGCCCGAACCAACAGGCUUACGGCAUCUUCAUUGGGGACCGUCGUAACCCGAGAAUCGUGGACGGAUGUGGAACUGCGCAACCUCACCGAAGUACGAGAUCUUUCUCGAAUCAGAGCCGCCAAAAAGAUGCAUGCACAAGAAUAUUUGCAGUACAACAUGAAACAGCCUGUGUGA